CGGUAACAUGGCUGCGUAGUCGAACGUGUAUGGAUGCCGAAUAACAACAAUGGUGUUAACAUUGUAAUAUUGGGUGCUAUAAACUAAUAUAAUAGCCUGGAGUUCGUCGCUACUUUAUAUCCGUCUUUCGAUGAUGAAGCUGCGUGUCCAGCUGCACUGUAAGAAUCUACAUGAAUACCUGAGAGAGCUCAGUCCUGAGAUUUUGGACAGACUCUACAACCAUCCAGCAACAUGUCUGGCUGUCUACAGGGAGCUCCCCGAUCUGGCCAAGAAUUAUGUGAUGCGCAUGCUGUUCCUGGAGCAGCCUCUCCCACAGGCUGCAGUGGCAUUAUGGGUGAAAAAAGACAGUCAAAAGGACCAUGAUGAAUGUGUCUCAGUGUUGGCAGGACUCCGCCUUUGGCACAGUCAGCAGCUGCAGGGUGGUCUACAGGGAUACAUUUUAAAUCCAGUGUUCAAAGACAACCUGAGGAUAGCACUGCUCGGCGGGGGCACAGCAUGGGCAGAUGAGGGCAGCUCUCUGGGUCCUGACCGCCACGCCCGGGACAUCGAGAGCCUGGACCGCUAUGCCAUGGAACGUUGGGAGGUCAUUCUGCACUUCAUGGUGGGCUCUCCUAGUGCUGCUGUGAGUCAAGACCUGGCUCAGCUGCUGGUUCAAGCAGGACUCAUGAAGAGUGAGUCGGGGGAGGCACCCUAUAUCACCUCAGCUGGUUUCCAGUUCCUGCUGCUGGACACAGCCUCUCAGCUGUGGUACUUCACCCUGCAGUAUCUCAAAACUGCUCAGUCCAGAGGGAUGGACCUGGUGGAGAUCCUGUCAUUCUUAUUCCAGCUCAGCUUCUCCACUCUGGGCAGAGACUACUCAGUGGAGGGAAUGAGUGAGUCAUUACUCACCUUCCUGCAGCAUCUGCGGGAGUUUGGACUGGUCUUCCAGAGGAAGAGGAAAUCGAGGCGGUACUACCCCACCAGACUGGCCAUCACUCUGGCUGCAGGAGUCACUACCAACUCCUCUUCCUCCUCCUCUUCCUCCUCUUCCUCCUCUUCUUCUAACAUGGGAUCCACUCCUGGUACUGGAGAUGCUGGUUUCAUUGUGGUAGAAACCAAUUAUCGUAUCUACGCUUACACAAGCUCAGAACUUCAGAUCGCUCUGGUGGCUCUCUUCAGUGAAAUGUUGUAUCGCUUCCCAAAUGUAGUAGUUGCUCAGGUCACAAGAGAGUCAGUGCAACAGGCCAUUGCCAACGGCAUCACUGCACAACAGAUUAUCCACUUCCUGAGAACCAGAGCACACCCUGUCAUGCUCAAACAGACCCCAGUGCUGCCUUCAACCAUAACAGAUCAGAUCCGACUGUGGGAGCUGGAGAGAGAUCGACUGCAGUUCACAGAAGGAGUGCUCUAUAACCAGUUCCUCUCCCAGGCUGACUUUGAGGUGCUGCGAGACAGAGCUCAGGGUCUGGGCUGUCUGGUGUGGCAGGACGUGGCUCACAGGGUGAUGGUGGUGACACCGCAGGGACACAGUGAGGUCAAGAGGUUCUGGAAACGACAGAAGUCUCACACGUAACUGGAGGAUGAGGAGACACAAGUGACGACAUCACACCUAAUGAAGCCAGCACUUCCUGCUGCACAGAAAGUUGAGAGGACAUAAUAAUUUUGUAUUUUUCAUAAAAGGUUGACUUCCAUGUAUUUUGGAUUAAAGGAUGAUUAGA